AUGCCGCCUGAUGAUGUAGACAGCCUGUCCGUCAUCCCCACAGCAUCGGACCUACAUAGCACGUCAACGCCAUUCGUUCGGCCGGCUGUCAUAACGGGGACCUACCGAGACAUUGACCAUUACAUCGAUGUCCAGUUCCGGCUGCUGAGAGAGGACUUCAUGUAUCCCUUGAGACAAGGCAUCAGUGGUCUAAGAAAGAAUGAAGGAAGAAAAAGUGACACAAGCACGCAGUUGAGAAUGUACUACGGCGUGCUCAUCGUCGGCACUCAGUUCAACCAUGGUUAUAAUCAGCUGCUAGAAUUCGAUGUAUCCAAACUUAAAUAUGUGAACUGGAAACAUGACAAGCGGUUUAUGCACGGCUCGCUCGUCUGCUUGUCAAAGGACCUUUUCCAGAACGUUGUAGUGGCAGUCGUCGUGGACAGCGACGAUGCGGAGCGCGGGAGAAUCAGCGUCAACGUCAGGGAAGGACUGGCCAUCGUGUUAAACUCCACGGUCGAUGACGUCUUCAUCAUGGCCGAGUCUGUGACCUAUUUCGAGCCGUACAACCAAGUUCUUCAUGGCAUUCGUGAGAUGAAAACGCAGCUCCCGUUUCAAGAUAUCAUUCUGCAUUGCAACAAACAGCUGAAGCCACCAAAAUAUUUACUGCCGUCCGGUGGGGUCAAAGCUAUCCCGCAUUACAAUCUGGCAGAUUUAUUAGCCCAUGACGAACAAUCGUUUAAAGUCCCAGUACUCACCACCGUGAAAUGGCCGCCGGCUGGAGUGAUGUGUCUGAACGCGUCACAGGGAGAGGCCGUGAAGCUAGCACUGACCAAAGAGUUGGCAAUCAUACAAGGUCCCCCUGGAACGGGAAAAACUUUUGUUGGCUUGAAAGUGUUACAAAUUCUUUUGAAGAAUAAACACGAAGUCGCUAGAAAUGUAGAAAAUGCAAACGACCCGAUUUUAAUCGUCUGCUACACCAACCACGCUUUAGAUCAAUUCUUAGAAGGGAUUUUAGAGUUUUUACCGAAAGGGAUCGUUCGUGUGGGGGGAAGCUGCAAGUCCGCAAAACUGGAACAAUGUAACUUGAAAAAUAUCAGGCGUCAGAUGGGGAGACCACGCAUUGAAUUCGAUGACAGUGAGAUAAGAGAGGUUGAAAAAGAUAUUAACGCAACAAAGAGAGAAAAGGAGACACUAAACAUUGGGAUUAGAUCAGAGAAUGUUCUUAAAGAUUUUAUGCUAGAGAGUCACUACACCUCUUUGGUUGAAGGUUCUGAGAGUAGGCCUGAAAUUUCUGGCAAAAUGAGUCUUUGGUUAAACACAUCUCACUUGUCCCCCAUCCAGGCGAUGCCCAAAUUGAUACAACAACGUCUUGUAGAGCUUGUGUUAAGUUGGAAGUAUCCUUCAAAUAAAUUGAACCCACGACCUGACAUGGACAUCAUCGACAGAGCUUGUGUCUACUGCAGUGUUGUAAAGCGGUACAGAGAAGGAAUUCGAAACGAACAAACCUUUUUGUCUGAUGAAAAGAAUAGUGCGUCUAAGUCAAAGCAACUGAAGGAGUUAGACGGCUAUCUACAACUAUCUUACAAGCAAAUUAUGACAGACAGCUGCUUUGAAAACUACAAACUGAAAUGGUUUUUAGAAAAACUCGAGUCGUUUUUGUAUAAAAAGGAAAAGCUGAAAAGCACACAACUGGUCAAGACUUGGCUCCUUGGACCCCAUAGGAGCCUCCACGAGCAGUUAGAUGACAUUGAGAUCCUAACAAAAGAGAUAAGACUUGUUAAUCGGGAUCAGAAUAGUAGCAAAAUAUCAUCUGCUUCUGCUGACUUAAAUUCAGGCAGUAAGAAGAAAUGUAUCGACAAAAAUAACCAGCAUAGAAGCAAUAGCAAAAGAGAAGCUGUUGCAGAUGUCUGGCUCUCUGUCAUCGGAAGAGCACACGAGCUCAAAAUAGAAGAAUCAGAUACAGACAAGAGAGUUGGAAUUAACAAAUCGGGGGGAAAAUCCCAAUCGCUGGCAUUUAAGGAGGCAACAGACAAAUUAUUAACAAGUGAAACUUUAUCUGUGCAAGAAGAGUCAAGUAUUGAAGAUCUGUGGAGUCUAAAACCAGAAACAAAAUUUUCCUUGUACAAAUUGUGGUUGAAAAGGUACAAGGAGUCUCUGAUUGAUAAGAUGAAAGAACUUGUGAAAAAACAAGAGCAACUUUUUAAAUUCAAGAAGAACAAGGACACAGAACAAACAUUGUCAUUGCUGAAGUCAGCCCAAGUCAUCGGCAUGACAACAACCGGAGCAGCCAAACACAGGGCCGUCCUCCAGGCUCUGGGCUGUAGGAUCAUUGUGGUGGAGGAAGCUGCAGAAGUUCUGGAGUCUCACAUCGUGACGGCCCUCAACAAGAAAUGUAACCACCUGAUAUUGAUUGGCGACCACCAACAAUUGCGUCCGAACCCAGCCGUCUACCAUCUGGCCGUCCAUUUCGGCCUGGAAGUGUCCAUGUUUGAGCGGCUCAUCAAAAACAACAUCCCGCACGUGACGCUCAACGUUCAGCACAGAAUGAGGCCAGAAAUCGCUAAACUCAUGAAGCACAUCUAUCCAGACCUUGAAAACGACACAUCUGUCUACGACUUCGAAAAUGUAAGAGGGAUUUCGAAAAACAUUUUCUUCAUUAAGCACACGAUGAGGGAGUCUCAAGCGGACAAGAGUUUUAGUAGAUCGAACACGCAUGAAGCUAAUUACGUGGUAUCUCUGUUGCAUUAUCUCAUCAACCAAGGAUACGAACCAGGGCAGAUAACGAUACUGGCGACAUACGUCGGCCAGGUGACCGUCAUCAAAAACUUACUAAAACGUAAGGAUGUCAGAGUGUCGGCGGUCGACGACUUUCAAGGAGAGGAGAACGACAUCAUCCUGUUGUCGUUAGUCCGAAGCAACCAAGAACAGAAUGCUGGGUUUCUUAAAACGGACAACAGGGUUUGUGUUGCUUUGUCGCGUGCAAAGAAGGGACUUUACGUUCUUGGCAACUUCAAGCUCCUGGCCUCGCAAAGCAAGCUUUGGGCAAAAAUAGUUGCGACCGCCGAGAAUGAUGAAAUCAUCGGAUCGGGUUUACCCGUUUUUUGCCCGAACCACCCGAAGACAACCAGACAGCUGGUAAGUGUCACAGACUUUGACAAAUGCCCAGAAGGAGGUUGUGGUCGGCCCUGCGGUUUCAGACUGCCGUGCGGACAUACAUGUGAACUCACAUGUCAUGGCUACGAUUUGAGCCACGCAGAGUAUGAAUGCAAGAAACCGUGUACAACGAGGUGUGCUGACGGACACCCGUGCAAGCUUCCAUGUUUCCGAGACUGUGGAGCAUGCCAGGUGCCAGUCCGAAAAAAGAUGCCUGACUGUGAUCAUGAAGAUGUCGUUCUUUGCUCAGUCGCCCCCAAAGACGCCGUGUGUUCUCAGAAGUGUUCCCAUGUUCUUCCGUGUGGGCACCAAUGCUCUGGAAAAUGUGGCCUCUGUAAGGCUAAUCUUAAGCACUUUCAAUGUCCCAUAUUGAUGGAGCACACCUUCUCGCCGUGCGGCCACACCUAUGACAUUCCUUGCCACCAGGUUAAUUCUAAUAUCCGUUGUGGUCAAGUUUGUCAAGACACAUUGAGCUGUGGGCACAAGUGCACAGGGACAUGCUCCAGUUGUCUCCAGGGAGCUGUACAUACCAUGUGCAGUCAGGAAUGUCAGGCCAUUCUUCCCUGUGGUCAUAAAUGUCAUGGAAUGUGUGGUACAGUUUGUAAACCAUGCCCCGAGACAUGCACAUUUAAGUGUAGACAUACUUCAUGCAAGAAUGCAACCGGAAAGCACAAACACACUUGCGGGGAGCCCUGCCUCCCGUGUCAAGAAAAGUGUGUCCGCAAGUGUCGUCACAGCUUAAGCAAAAAACUUUGCUCACAAUCAUGGAGCAGACGUCCAUGUCAGCAAAAAUGCGAGCGCAAAAACCGUAGAUAUAACCGCGGUGGCGCAGGAGCCAAAAGAACAUUUUGCGAUCAUACUUGUGCUGGAGUCUGUGGAGAACUCUGCGUGUGUGACAUUUGUGAUCAAGUCAAUACAAUAGAGAAGCUUGUGGAAAGAGCAGAAGCGAGUAAGGGUCCUGUCCGAAACGUUUCAUCAUUGCCUUCAAACUCAAAUAAAGAAGGUUUCGCAAAGCAGCGACUCAUCUUGAAAAUUCCCUCCUGCGAACACGUUUUCUAUGUCGAUGAGCUGGACGCUUACAUUGGAAGUUUUGAUCCUGAUGGAACCAGUUUGCUCGUCUGUCCAAAGUGCUCUAAGCCAAUCACGACAUGUCUGCGGUACGAAGACGUCAUCAAU